AUGACCCACGAACCUGCCAUCGAGUUGGGAGGAAUUAGGAGCACUGAAAGCAGAAGUUCUGCGGGCGAAGCACUGAGAGAUGAUGCGCAAGCAACUCCGCCGUACGUCAAUGAUGAACUUCACGCGGGUAGAACGAGAAGGCAAAGGAAUUCAGACGACGAGGGUCAUCAGCCUGCGGCGCUGAAUGAAAGCGACAGCCUGCUUCUCAAGUCGGCCCAGUCGGAAAUCCAUGCCCUUCCAGAACAAUUCUCGUCAUCAAAACACGCCGCUACAUCCACAUCCGUCAGGCAGAUUUCGCCCCACAACGACGAUGAGAAGUCCGGGCUUCGUCGACGCAAUCAUAAUGCCACACAUACAUCUCCUACGCGGUCUCUGCUGCGAUCGGUCGGUCUCAAAAUCGUAACGUCAGGCAAUCGGAUUAGGCGGCGACCACAGCAACGCGCGACAGGAGAACCGCCCAAGGUCGUCGAAAGCCGAUCUCUCAUCCUCGCACUGACGAGGACUGGUGCGCAUAUUCUUCCAGUCAGCGCGACGGUGUUCCUCAUCUGCUUCAAUGCAAUCGGAUUUUUGAAUGGACCCGAUAUCAGCACUGCGGCCAACUUCACCCUCCAGCUUGCCGCAAAGUUCUACGAACUUGCUGUUGUGGGGUCCUUGACCGUCAUCGUCCUCGAGAUAAUCCGCUACUAUCUCUUGCGUGAAGGUAUCACUUUCGGCCUCGUAGGUGCGGGCGCCACCUUCUCUUCACUGAAUUUCCUAUGGUCUCCCGAGUUCUGGGGCUUGUUCACAUCGAGUGUUCCUCGGCGAGUCAAGAUCUUUGUGGGAUCGGCUUUGAUUCUGUGCUGCUUGUUGGCUUCCACCAUCGGUCCCGCUUCGACGCUGCUUUUCCUGCCCAUACAGUUGUGGCUUCCAGCUGCUAGUACGGAGUUCUACCUCGGCGGGACCGAAGACCAGCUGUACCCGCUAAGGCUUACUGCUGAGCAUGGCGGUCCGGAUAUUUGCAGGCAAAGCCCUCUUCCGUCCUACGAGCAGUGUCUCUACGCAGGCUUCACAAAGAUAUUGCCAUUGAUGACCACUGUUGGCCCCGUUCGCCCCGGCUGGGGUGUAUUCCUAUCCGGCGGGUCGGGAACCCAGGUUCCACCGCGUAUUAUGACUGGAAUGUCUCCAGACCAGUAUAAGAAUUAUUCGGUGGUAGCAGAGACAUGGGCUAUGAUGCCAACUGUGGCUAUGAUCGCACAUUUGCAGGUAUUAGGCAUUGCUAACGGUGCUGCCUGGGGCUACGCCAAGGGAAGAAACAGGAGACUGAGGGACUUUGUUGGCGGUGGUGGCGGGUAUGGCAUCGCUGAGGGAAAGCUUCCCACUGUGCGUACAGUGUGCGGCAAUUCCCGGCGUAUCGACAAUAAUACCGCGACAUUGGAGUUCCCUGUCAUUGAGAGAGAUAAGUAUUGGCGUGACGGCCUUAAAACGGGCCCGAUCCAAGAGGUCCAGAUCGGGGAUCUAGCAUCCGCAGACGAUGGGGACAUGUUCAAGCGCUUGAAUAUCUCGCACCGACAGGCACGCGCCAAGUGGGUAACACUACCUCCAAGUCUAGGAUCUUCUGUCAGCGCGGGCGUUAUAGUCACUGGGCAGAACGACACUACGCUUGUUGCGCAAGGUUGCGUUGUGGAUGCUCGAUGGGCGCAGGGAGAGUACCUGAACCACUUCGAUUCCUUCCUGCAUUCCCUGGAUGCAAAUCCUGGCAAGCAACCGAUGUCAGAGACUUCGGAAUUCAAGUUCGACCGCGCACAGUACCUUGACGAACGGUACAAGCCGUAUUUUGGACCGACUAUGAAUAUGACCAGCGAGUGGUUUGACAGUUGGAUCUUGCCGAUGCCGGAACAAGCCCAGAUUGGAUCGAGCUACAACCAAACGAACUUUGAGGCUCUGUUGAACACUUCCGCGAUGAACGACCCAUUCUACCGACUUGACCAGAUCGAUAACUCGCGGAUCAACUUAGAAUACUAUAUCACAAUGUUUCUUCUUGAUGCGCUGUCCCGUGUAGGCUUCAGCCUUCAAACCCCGACACCGACAGCGAAUGGCAUCAAGCCCGAGCUGCGUACUCCUGGUGUCACCGACGACAAGUUCCUCAACGGCGGGCCUAUCUAUGACCGACCGAAUUUUCCGCAUAUGACCUAUCACUAUCGGACGUUCAAGUACGGCACUGCAUGGUAUUUCAACGGAUACUCACAAUGGAUUGCACUUAGUGUGCUGCUUCUGCAUACCGUACUUGCAUUAGCCCACUCCAUUCUCAUUCUGUGGAGACGUACAUCGAGUGAGGCGUGGGACAGCGUCGCGGAGCUAAUGGCCCUGGCAUACAACAGCAACGGAGAUGGAGAAGAACUGGAGAACUGUGCGGCAGGGAUCAUUUCGGCUGAUACGCUGAAACGAACUGUAAUGGCUGCGAAGAGCACAGAUGGGAAAGCGCAAUUGGUCUUCCUCGACGAGGGAAGUGGCGGCGGAGAAGUCGAUUCUGGGCGUGGAAAGGAUGCGCUGUGGAGGCGAGGGCUAAGUCAUAUCUUCCCCGGGGAGGCACUUGGUUGA